UAGUGUAGUAACAAAUUUUGGCGGGUAAGACAACAGUCAAAUAAAAGGAUAACAAUGUAAUGGGGCUGCUGGUCAUAAAUUCAAUUUUGAAGUAAUGAUAUCUUCAUCAAGGUCAACGAAUACUAUAGUCGUCUCAUGUCUAUACCAGAAAAAAACGUUGUCAUGACUCUCUUGUACGGUUGUACCUUCUGCAUCCACUUAUUCACUUCACCACCAAAUAUUGUUUCAUAUUUAUAAUUAAGUCAGGCUUCAACUUCAUCACCAGCACCAUCCCAAAUUUAGAAAGGAAAACAGUAGUCUUUUGCUAGUACUCAGUAAUGGGUCUCUUGGGUAUUUGCUUUCUUGUACUUUGGUUGUUGAAAAUUGCUGCUGCACAGCCACUCACGGACCCUAUUGAAGGUUCUUUAUUAUGUGGAUGCUCUGAAUAAGAUUAUUGACCAUUGGAAUCUGAGGAGCAAGCUGAAUUUAACCGGGGAUCCUUGUGCUCAAAAUGCUCCUUGGGCACCAGACCAAGCAAAUCCUAGAGUUAUUUGUGUCUGUUCUGCCACUAUUUGCCAUAUUACACACUUGAAAAUUUAUGCCUUGGACAUCUCUGGUGAACUUCCUAAAGAACUGUUUCUGCUAAAAGAAUUGAUGGAUCUGAAUUUGGCUCAAAAUGUUAUCAAUGGAACCAUUCCAGCUGAAAUCAGACAGUUAACAAAGAUGCAGUACUUGAGCCUUGGCAUUAAUAAUCUCACUGGUCCUGUGCCUCCAGAACUUGGAAGUCUAACCAAAUUGGUAUCCUUAAGUUUUAGUUCAAAUAAUUUCAGCGGACCAUUGCCACCUCAGCUUGGAAACUUAACCUCCUUACAGCAGCUGUAUAUUGAUAGCAGCGGAGUGAAUGGUCCAAUUCCUCAGGAACUAUCAAAUUUGAAGUCCCUGGAGAUUCUAUGGGCAUCUGAUAAUCGUUUUACCGGGAAGCUCCCUGAAUUCUUUGCGCACUUUAUGAACAUCCAAGACCUGAGACUAGAGGGAACACUUCUGGAAGGACCAAUUCCAAGCAAUUAUGGUGCCCUAAUAAAACUACAAGAUUUGAGAAUUGGUGCUCUGCGUAAUAAAGAUUCUUCUCUGGAUUUCGUGGAGAACAUGACGAGUCUUUCCAUAUUAUCAUUGAGAAAUUGCCGAAUUGCUGACCAACUACCAGAAAAACUUAUCUCUUUUCGCAACUUGCAAAUUCUGGACUUGAGCUUCAACAAGUUGACUGGUCAAAUACCAAACUCAUAUCAAGACUUUGCGUCAUUACAGUUCUUAGAUCUAGGAAGCAACAAAUUGAGCGGCGAGCUACCUCCCAAUAUCAUGAGUUCCAGUCUCACUGCCUUAGAUGUCUCUUUUAAUUCUCUCUCUGGAUACCUACCACCAAAAAGAUCAGGUUUAUCAAUGAAUAUCUUUGGAAAUUCUAUUAGUGACAGAACUUCAGAUGGAGGAAAGGCUUCUUCAACUUUAUCCUGCCUGCAAGGGAACACCAAGUGCAUUGACAUAGGUAGUUCAUCUUCCUUUUCCAUGAACUCUGGAGGAACGGCAAUAGAGUCUGCAGAUGACACCAAAUAUGCUAAUGACUUGGAGACGCUUAGUGCAGCCUCAUUUUACAUGAGCCCCAAUAACCAAUGGGCAGUGAGCAGCUCUGGAAUUUACAUUUCUAACCCACACGGACAAAAAUAUACAGCUCAGACAGGUUCCCAGAUCACAGGCACAUUAGACUCUGAGCUCUAUAAAACUGCUAGAAUAUCGCCUACCUCGUUGAGGUACUACGGUUUUGGAUUGAGCAAUGGAAGGUACCACGUUGAACUCCAUUUUGCGGAGAUACAAAUGGAUGAUUCUCACUCUUGGAAAGGUCUCGGAAGACGGUUAUUUGAUGUUUACGUUCAGGGAGAAAAAGUUCUUGAAGAUUUUAACAUUCAGAAAGAAGCAGGUGGAUCAAAAAGAGCUUUAGUUAAAACAAUUGGGGCAAAUGUGACUAACAGAGUGAUAGAAAUCCAUUUAUUGUGGGCUGGAAAAGGCACUUGUUGCAUUCCUUUUCAAAGCACCUAUGGUCCUUUAGUCUCUGCCAUCCAUGUCACUCAAGUAGCUAAAAGUGGCCGUUCUUCCAAAAACAAGAAGACACACGUUGGAAUAAUAUUUGGAAUUGUAGCUGGAAGUGCAGCUGGGGUACUGAUAGUUUCUUCAGUUUUCUGUCUCUGGUGGGCAAAUAGAAAAGCACCAAGCCAUAUGAAAGUCGCAACUGACUCAACAAAAAAAGGAUAGUUGAGGUAAUAAAGCGAAAAUAAGUGGUUUUAGCCCUUAUAAAAAGAAAACUUCCACAAGCUAUCCCCAGCAUGAUGGUAUGACCAAAUCAUAUGAUCACACAGGGAAUUAAUUUUCAUCAUGUGUAUGUUAGGCUGUUGAAACUUUGUACUAUCACGUUUGUUGAUAAAUGAUUGGACUGUUUCUUAUUUUCUUGAGAAUCAAAAUGUACAUAAAUAAAAGCAGCAUCAAGUUUUCAGGUUUA